GACAUUUUAACACUGAAUUGUAAUAGGCCGUAGUUGGACGUAAUGAAUAUGCAGGGGUUUAUACAAGCAGUCUUGUUUCUUUUAACGGUAACGAAUGUGUGUAAUGCAAACUCGUGUUUCGGGAAAGCAUGUUUAACAAAUAAUAUGUGUGUGGAUUUUCAUGAUCAAUGUAUAUGCAACGUGGGUUAUAAAAUGAAUUCAACCACUGGGGAUUGCGACGAUGUGGACGAAUGCGCCAACCAUUACCACGAUCCUUGCGGACACAGAGGAAGCUGUACCAAUUCUCUCGGCAGUUUCUUUUGCAACUGUCUCUAUGGUUGGACAAAUGAUACGCACUGCUUAACGAAAGUGCAAGACUGUCCUCUAUGUAUGCCAGGGUAUGAAGGAUCGAGAUGUGAUUACACAGUCUGCGAACACGGGUUUGCUGAACCAAUAGGCAUGAAUAAUUUUUCUCCAUCUAUGAGGACACAUUGCAAAUGCCCGGAAUCCGUGACCUGCCCAACCUGCCCAACCAGUGCUGAAAUCGUAACGCACUCUAAUAAGGAUAGUGUGGGAAACUAUAUAUGUGAGUCCCACCCCUCGUGGACUGGAAAUAACAGUGUCACCGACAAUAAGGAUAUUUUGGGUGGGUAUUGAAUUGCCUUUGGUUUGGGAAUUUUUUUUACAAAACUAAUGCUUUAUUAGCGUUUGUAUAAAUCUUUUUUUGUUCAAUCAUAAAACCUAGAUGUUAUACUAGCAUACUUUAUGACAAAAUACAAUUCUUUUAUUUAAAAUAUUUAUUGGUACAUUUAGAAAACGUGUAAGUUAUUGACGUUGUAUUAAACGCUAAACAACUUUUUACCUGAAGUACAGUGUUUUAUAGCAGUGUUACCGGACCGAAUACUCGUGUACGUUCUGUUUGGCCUGCUGUGCCUCAUGCUGUUGAUUAUCAUUCUGCUAUCGUGCCAAUUGUGUCAUCGUACGAGAGAGAGAUCUAGAAAGCGUAAUUUUAAGGCCCCCGAACAGUUGCGGACUAGUUUCGG